AUGACACUUUGGGACGGUUAUGCGGAUCAAAUAAUGGAGUAUGAGAGCAGCAAUCGAGUUGAAAAAAAUGUCGUCGUAAUCAUUCAGUUUGGGAAAUACAUAUUCUGGGGAGGGCAUUUGUCUGUUUCUAAUUUGUAUACCGUCACCCGAGUCUUAAUUAACAGUGAUAUUGAUGAAGUUGCUGAGUUUAAAAAAAGAUUUAUCGAGAAAGUUUCUCCAGAACUUUCUUCCAGUUAUUCUGGCUUAAGUUCUUCUGUUGUGAAGUCUGCCACUGAAGAGUUCCUUUCUGACUUGACUUUUUAUCCCAUUGGGUCGUUAAACGCAAUAGAUACGACGAAGUUUGUUGUCAUUAUUGGGACUAUCAAGAGUUUUGCAUCGAACAAUGAGUGGUUUUACAACGCGUGCAUAACCUGCAACAAAAAGGUUUCAACCAUUACUGUUGUUAAAGAGAAGCAGGAUGAUUGUACUGGUAUUGUGACGUUGACAUUGUUUGAGCGUGAGGUAACAAAGCUUUUGAAGGUUAAUGCAAAUCAGCUGUUAGACAACAACAUUGAAUUAGCAAACGAAGGAAACUUUCCAAAUGAGCUAAAUUCUUUACUCAAUAUGAAGUUUGCGUUCAAGAUUGCUGUUUCUUCUUUUAACAUUAGCAAGUAG